AUUUCGGCUCAAACAGUUUCGGCUCCGGCGAACCUCUCGACCCGACUUUGCUUUCGGGUGUCGCCGGAGGACGCCAAUUGCACGACUUUCUGGCCAGGCGCAUCCUGGGCCAAGGACCUGUGUAUGCGCCGUCCUGGCCAGAUGGGCCUGCACAGGAUCUGCCUCGACGGAGGAUCGGCGCAGGUGUGGUUGGCGUCCUCCCAGUCUGCUGCCGGCCCAGCGUCGCACUCGGACGCAGCACUCAGGAUGUCGCUUGGAGGCGCUGCUGCUUCCAGCCCCGCGGCGCUCCCUGGCUCUGCCAGCGUGGGCGCCCUGCGCGCUGAGCCCGUGCUCGCGGCAGCGGUGAGCGGCAUAUGCGACGGGCUGGAGGAGGGCAUCGAGAAGGCCUUCUGGAGCGGCCUGCAAGGGUUGAUCGAGCAGUUCGGGCCGCGCAACGCGGCGCUGCUCCAGAAGCGCGCGGACAUGCAGAGGAGCAUCGACGCGUGGCACGCCGCGCACCCCGAGGCGUCGGCCGCGGGCCUCGGCAGCAACCGCGAGUACGUGGAGUUCCUCCGAGGCAUCGGCUACCUGCAGGGCCCGGCGCAGGGGAAGGUGGAGGCUAGCACCUGCAACGUGGACCCUGAGAUCGGGGCCAUCGCUGGGCCCCAGCUCGUGUGCCCUAUCGACAAGGCCCGCUUCGUGCUCAACUCGUGCAACGCCCGCUGGGGCUCCCUCUUCGACGCCACCUACGCCUCCAACAUCCUCGGGCCGGCGCCCUCUGGGCCGUGGGCGAAAGCGCGGGCCCUGGACACGAUUGCCUUCGUGGACGCCUUCUUGUCCAAGUGCUUCCCGCUGCGCGGCCUUGCCGCCCAGAGGCAGUGGGAGGCGGCGACGGGCCUGGCGGUGCGCGACGGGCAGCUGUGGGUGACGCUCCCAGACAUGCCAGCCUGCGGCCUGAAGGACCCCUCGCAGCUGGUGGGCUACACUGGGAGGCCUUCCGCACCCAGCCGCGUGCUGCUGCGCCACAACGGGCUCCACGUCGAGGUGGUGCUGGACGGCACCACCAAGCUGGGGAGGCUCCACCACGGAGGGGUGAGCGAUGUCGUCGUAGAGGCCGCCAUCACGGCGAUCCUGGACAUGGAGGACUCCGUCGCGGUGGUGGACGCGGACGACAAGUCCGUUUGCUACCAGAAUUUGGCUAGCGUCAUGCGCGGCGAUUUGCAGGCUGACCUCGGCGGUGGGAAGGUGCGGCGGAUCGCCGGCCCGAGAGGGCCGUACAUGUCCCCGAACGGCAGGAUGCGCUUCACGCUCCCGGGCCGCACCCUUGCCAUGGUCCGCAACGUUGGCCUGUCGAUGUACACAGACAUGGUGACAGUUGGUGGCAAGGAGGUGCCAGAGCACUUUGUAGACGCCAUGGCCACAGCGCUGUGCGCGAAGCACGACCUCGCGCGCCCGCACGAGCAGAGGAAUUCGCAGAAUGGCAGCGUGUACGUGGUGAAGCCAAAGAUGCACGGCCCCGAGGCGGUGCAAGGCUCGUCUGCAGGACGUGUCUUGCGGGUCGGAUGGCCAUUGCUGCAGCACUUUCGGCACGUGUACAGUUUGGUGGCCAACACAGACAUCACAGUUCAGUUGGACUCGCCCUUCUACAGGAUCGCCGAGCUGUGCCUUCUUCAGACUUCGAAGAAAAGGCGCAGAGUGCUGGGAAAGGGCAUGCUGUCAGAGCUGGCCCAGGUGAGCGAUAGAAACUACGGGUCGUACUUGCAGUGCUUGGCCAGUGCCAUACUCCACGUUGAUCGGCUUCAGCGGCAGAUCGUGGAGUCAACGGUUGCAGGCUCCGUGCCGCCUUUGCAAUUGCUCGAGUAUGAGGAUGUUUGCCGCCACGACGAAACUCCCAUCGCAUUGACGAGGGCUGAGUUCGCGUCCUUCGCUCAACUGCCUGUUGGUGGCCAGCAGAUCAUGCAGACCGCCACUGUUGGCCAACAGAUCGCACAUGCUGUGCCGACACGGCCGUUCAGCAAGCAUUAUGGACGGUUUCCUAGCAAAGCCUUGCAGAGCGAGUCCACGUUCGGCAUGCUUGUCGACCACGGGGAGUUCAUCAUGUCGGUCGUUGGGAGCACGCUCACAAUGCCGCAGCUUGUCGACAGGACUUCUGGCGAGAGCUUGUUGUACGCAGAGAGGUGCAAGGAGAGUACCGGCACGGUCGCGAUGUUGGAGUCGAUCCACGGGCUGCCGACGCACUGCUUCCCCGAGUUCGCGAGGCGGCUGCGGGUGAACCAGAGGAGAGUCCGCGAGGCGAAGGUUUGCAUGAGCACGGCAUUUGCAGCUGAAGCCGAUCUAGCUCAGCUGUUUCUUGUUCAGUGCGCGCUCCAGGUGAACGAGAAUAGGAGCGCGCUCGGAACGCAGCUGCGCCAGCGCCACCUGGCUCUGAUAGGUGAUGACGUGUACGAGAGGAGCGCAUGUGAGCAAGCUAUUGUGACUAACACCUUGUCCAAUCUAGCAUUGACCACAUUGCCAGAUAUGGUGGAGUCGAUGAAGAAGCGCGAGUACCUCGCCAACUCCAUUGUCAUAGUACUGGACAGGCAGGAUGUUGUGGUCUAUCGCAUGCGCAUUGCGUUCUUGAGGCACAUGAACCGCAUCAUCAACAAUGAUGCCAUGAAGGAUCUAGUUGACGAUUGUUCCGUACUCGUUGAGCUGACUGGCUUCAGAGCUGCAGUUCUGGAGAAUGGCGGCGGCGUUGGCGAUGGUGUCAUGGCCGAGCUCAUCGCCCUCUUCGGGGGCCGCGCCGACGAGCAGAAUCGGGCCCCGUGGCAUUGCAUCGGCAACCAGUCUUGGAACCCGUACAGGCCAACUUUCCAGAUGAUGCGGUCGAAGGUGGCGCAGGGGCGGUUUCGGGGCUACUUCGGCUUCGCUGACCUCGAUCCGUCCAUGGUCUGGAAGGCCCGUUGGCACCAGGCAGACGACGAGAAUCAGUUCCUGCCGAAGUUCGCGCCUGGGCAUGUGGUCGCCACGCCUUUUUCGGAGAGCCCCGACGAGGCCGACGUCGACGUCGAGGGCGCCCCCGAGGAGGUCGGCGAGGCCCAGGGCGACGAGGGGCGCGAGGAUGGCGCCGAGGCCCGGGCAGGCCAACAAGCAGCGUUGGAGUCACUCGACGACGACGCUGCCCUCCUUGCGCUGGAGGCGUUGGAGGAAGAGCUCGUCGACCACGCUGCUGGUGACCACGGCGUUCCCUUAGGUGGUGUGGGCGAGCCCUCGGUUCGAGUGGAUCUGCCCAGUGGCUGGGUCCAGUUCUCCCCCACCGACGGCCGCUUUCAAGCGACGCGCGCAGAUCCGAGGCACCAGUGGAUCGAAAUCAGCAGGGACUUCGCGACGCGGGCUGACCACAGGGCAGUGUUCAUGGUCAUGACCAUCCCCCGCGCAGAUCGAGAGGCAGCGCGGGGCAGGCUCAUGGCUCGCGCUGGCGGGCCCGAAGUCGUCGCGCGGGAGCGCCCGCGGGGUACCCCUGGUGGCGAGCCCGAGGGGCCGAUCAAUGUCCCCAUGGGUUGGUGA